UAUUGAGUCCAACUGUGUAAACGAGUCUAGUUGCAAGUUCAGGUGGCAAAGGUCGGGCCGACGGCAGCCAUGGCGGGUCCUCCCAGUCUCAGUGGCCCCAUUAAGAUGAAACUCGCCAUCGGAAGAAGCUCCGGAAGAGGUCCAGCAGGUCUACGCCACAAACUGAGUAGAUUGACUCAAUCGGUCAGCUUUGAAAUUGAAGUUUCAAUCGUCGGUAGAUAUAUUAGGUCUUCCUUUGUCCAUUAAUUACAAAGAUUAUUCAUGUUGUCCGUCCCUGUCUUGGUUUGAAAUCAUUGAAUGAGAUGUGGAAAUAUUGGCGAGAAAUCCGAGCUUUAAAUUUCUGUAGGAUUUGACUCUGUGAACAGCGACUGUGACGGGAUAAGCCAUGGCCUUGGGAAUGGAUCUUCUUCGAAAUGUCGUUCCCCUUUUAUUACUUUAUCUAAGAAAAAUACUCUCGAAUUGUAGGAGAUGGUAAGGCGAAAGAAGAAAAACAUAGGAGGAAGAAGCUGCUGUACAUGAACAAGAUUUAACAUUCAUCUGAUUUUACUACCAAAGUUGCGAAAUGCAGUUGCUUCAUCUGCAUCAAAUGUGGCACAUUCAUCUGCCCCAAAUGCAGUUCCGGUUUGGGAAAUCGAUCAACCGACAAUGGAAAAGUUCAUCAAAGAAAUGGCGGAACAGAGGCCUAUAAGGUUCACUGCUCAUCAACUAUACUAUUUCACAGGCAAUUAUUCGACACCACUCGGUUCGGGAGGAUUCGGUACGGUCUAUAAAGGAGAGUUCCCAAAUGGAGUGAAGAUUGCGGCGAAGGUUUUGAAGAGGAACUCGGACAAGCAGGCGGAGGAGCAAUUUAUGAAUGAGGUAGGAACGAUCGGGAAAACUUACCAUAUAAACUUGGUUAGGCUUAAUGGGUUUUGUUAUGACCAUUAUAUGUGUGCACUGGUAUUUGAGUACAUGGAAAAUCGAUCUCUGGAUAAGUAUUUGUUUGGCAAAAAUGAAGAACUUGAUUGGGGGAAGUUACGUGAUGUAGCCAUUGGGACUGCUAAAGGUCUUGCUUACUUGCAUGAGGAAUGCCAACAGAAAAUCAUCCAUUACGACAUAAAGCCUGCAAACAUUCUGUUGGAUGAAAACUUCACUCCCAAAGUUGGUGAUUUUGGCCUUGCCAAGCUUUGCAACCGGGACAGCACACAUAUGUCGCUCACUGGCUAUCGUGGCACGCCUGGAUAUUCAGCACCGGAGUUCUUACUAAAGAACUAUCCAAUAACCCACAAGUGCGACGUGUAUAGCUUCGGAAUGGUAUUGUUUGAGAUCAUUGGAAGAAAAAGGAAUGGCGGUGUUACUGAUUCUGGGAACCCAGAUUGGUUUCCACAACAUGUGUGGGAGGCUCAGGAAAAGGGUGAAUUAGUUGAAUUUGUUAGAAGAUGUGGGUAUGCUGAGGAUGAUAAAGAGGGAGUGAUUUGGACGUGCGAGGUGGCUCUGUGGUGCAUUCAGGACUGCCCCGACGAACGACCACCGAUGAGUGCGGUGGUGAAGAUGCUUGAAGGAGGUGUAGAAAUAAUGCCACCAUCAAAGCCAUUUCUGUACUUGGAUCCAACUCCAAAAAGGAACAGUAGAGUAUCGAAUCUACAACAAACAAGCAGCAGUUCAGAUUAUUCAACCUCAAAUGAAGACAGUGCCUCAUAUUGGUACAAGAAGACUACUCCAAUAAUGAAGAAGUACGAAAUACAGAUAGCAAGUUCUUAGAAGAAGCUUUCGUUUUCGCCAUGGAAAAAGGUACUUCAUUUUGCUUAUUAUGCAUUAUUAGAAGUGUUUAUAGUAGGGCUCUAUAGUGUAUAAUAUUCUAUUUGAAACAAAGGUACGUGUUUUAUUCGAUAAGUUAUGCUUGGAUCGACGGGUGUGUUCAUGAGAAUGAUUUUCGUAAUAGAAUUUUAAUAAAAUAUAGAAGUGAUAAAGCUUGGAUUUCAUGACA